UGUGGCAAUUGUGUCAGUGCAAUUGAGGCUUCGUCAUGAGUUCAGCAAAUCCAUAACGUUUACCUCUUUCACUCAAAGGCUACUCAUUGUACAGUUACUGUACUUUUACAAAGGCAUUGAAAAGUUUGUCGGUCUGUCAACCAAAUACCAUCAACAAGGUUUGCUAUUACUCUGACAACAUCUAUCAGGAAACUUGGCACUGAAAACCUGCACAGCAACAACAUGGAGCCAAGAGAGGAAGAGCAAGAAAUGGAGAAGGAGGAGGAUGACAUUUACAUUCCCAGGUCACCUCCCAGGAAUGUUCAUGGCACAGGUGCAGUCUCGGGGAACCCCACAUUAGCUGCUGAUGACAGGCCAGCCCCGCCCAGCAGCCUGGCUCUGACAGGGCCCCGAUCCAGGAAAAAGCGCCUGGUGGCCCCAGCCCUAAGUCUGACGCUGGAUCGCAGUGACUCGGCGGUGUCCGACGACUAUGCCACAGCUGCCCUCUCUCCCUCCCCCGAUGAUGACGAUUUGGGGCUGGACAUCGACUUGGAUGCCAUGGAAACGCCCUCGGACAGCGAGUCCCUCCAUUUUCCAGUGCACAACAUGGAUUUGGAGGAUGACCUGCUUCGUCUGGGAGUGGCAUCAUGUUUCCAUAAGGCCCGUGAGUCAGUACCAGAGCAGAUGGGAGUGGGCUCUCUUGACCAAGACCAAGUGGACAGCCAGGGCACUAGGUGGCGCCGGUUCCGCACAGGAGAUCCGCUUCAGGAGAGUCUGGUCAACAUGAGUGUACUGGAUCCUUUCCUUCGAGUCUUGUCACAUGGGGGUUACUAUGGAGAAGGGUCUAAUGACAUCAUUGUGUUCUCUUCCUGCUAUCUCCCUGAAAACAACAUGGAGAACUACCCGCAUGUCAUGGACAACCUGUUCAGAUACGUUGUGGGAACGUUGGACCUGAUGGUUGCGGAGAACUACGUCAUUGUGUACCUGUGUGCCAUGGCCCAGCGUGACAAGCUCCCCACCAUUGGCUGGCUCAGAGAGUGUUACACCACCGUUGACAGAAGGUUGAGGAAGAAUCUGAAAGGUCUAUACAUCGUACACCCAACCUGGUACAUCAAGGCCCUGAUCACUAUCAUCAAGCCCUUCAUCAGCUCCAAAUUCAGUCGCAAGCUUCAGUUUAUCGACAGCCUUCGGGAGCUGUCCCAGCACAUCCCUAUUGAGCGUGUGCAGAUCCCCGACUGCGUCAGACAGUUUGACGAGAAUAUGGACAGGUGAUAUGCUGAAAAUGGUGAUCUGGACCAUAGUGUAAGGUACAUGAAGCCAAAACAGUGGACUAAAAAGGCUCAAAUCUGGCAACCAAUGACUUGACACUGAUGAUGAACCUGGCUGGCCAAUCUAACGUCAGUUGUCCUAUGAGACAACUUUAACCAAAGUAUCUACUGCAGGACUACAAGUAGAAACACUGAGCUCCAGAAGUAUUGAGACUGUAACCAUGUUUCCAUCCACAGUUUUUAUGCAGUAAAGUCAUACCAUAUAAAAAAAAUACCAACAGCUGAUGGAAACAGGAAGUUUCGGUACAAUGUUAUAAAUGCAGACAGAUCAUUUGUUCGUUCGACAUGGUGGGAUAUUUUUGUGUCAGUAAAAUUAAUAAUGUGAGAAAUGGCAGUGGAAAUACCUUCAUGCACAAAUAUUGAUAUAAUAACCAUCAUAUCGAAGUAAACGUGGAGUCACGCGAUGUUGUGGGGAGUGGUCCUCCCGCUACAACUCAGGAAACCAUACAGAUUAUUAGGCUACAGAUGAAGUGAUGAAUUCUACAGGGUGGUGAAAGUGCAAUGUGAUCUUUAUGCUCCUUUCCAAUAAAUAUUGAGGGUCUUAUUCUGGUGACAUGAUGAUCAGUGCUUGACUGCCAAUAAAAAAUAUUAUCACCUCUUA